GUACUCUUCUUGUUAAUAGACCGGUUCGUGUGAGUCAUUUUUUACGAGAAUACGGAUUUCAUGGGAUUGAGAGAGUUGGUGGCUUGCAAUUGGACUGGGCUUUGAUCACAGCUCUAGUGGAGAGAUGGAGGCCCGAGACCCAUUCAUUCCAUCUUCCAUUCGGAGAGGUUGGAAUUACUUUGCAGGAUGUAGAGGUUUUGCUUGGAUUGCCCGUAGAUGGCAAUCCAUUGGCGGGGAUGACAGGCCGAUCCAGAGAUCAGUGGAUUCAGAUUUGUGAGGACAUGAUGGGAUUUAGGCCUCGAACAUCCGACAUUACUUCUACUAUGAUUAAGAUGUCUGCCAUUGUUCCUAAGAAACUAUCAGAUCAGAGUUUAGAUGUAGAUUACUUGCAGCAUGCUAGAGCCAUUAUGUUUAAGUUGUUGGGUGGUAGCCUAUUUCCCAACACGACGGGAAAUAGGGUUAGUUUGUAUCUUUUAGAGAUUAUCAUGGGUGACGCAAACAUUGUGCGAGGUCGUGCGAUUGGUUCGGCAGUACUCAGUUACUUGUACCGUAGCAUGUGUCGUGCUAGUCCGACGAGUGCAGCACAGAUUGGAGGUUGUCUAGUCUUGUUACAGCUUUGGGCUUGGGAGCGUCUGCCUAUGACUAGACCUAGAGGGGUUAUACCAUUGGAUCAGCUGGUAGAUGUCCCAGAUGGGUGUGCUACCAUCGAUGGUCAGAUUGUACCACACACUCCAUACGAGCAUACAGGGACCAGCUUGAUAGAUUGCUCGAGGGAGAGUUUGUUUGGAUGCCGUAUCCGAAUCUUGAGACCCUACCGCCCUAUUGUUCAGCUGGAGCACAGUGGUAUUGAUCACGCAUUCAAUAAUGUUCCAGAACUGCUGGGAGGUCAAGUCACUCGAAGAUUUUGUCUCCGCCAUGUGCGAAGCAAUUUCCAUAGCAAGUUUCGAAGUAAGAAACUGAAAAACAUGAUGUAUAAUGCUGGCAAGACCCCUAGCAUAAGUGAGUUUGAGCAUACGCUUCUCGAGAUAACAUCUAAAAAUCAAGAAGCGUACAACUGGCUUAUGGCUAUUCCAAAGCACAUGUGGGCAUUGUCGCAUGAUGAAGGUGGCGCACGCUAUGGUAUAACGACAACAAAUUCGUCUGAAAGCUUCAAUCGUGUCCUUAAGGGAUGUCGUUGUUUACCCGUCUUUGCCAUCGUGAGGUUCACAUAUGACAAAUUGGUCAAGCUAUUUGUUGAUAGGCGAACCAAUGGAUAUUUGUGGCAACAAUCUGGGUAUAAUUUUCCAAUGAAUGUGUGGAAAAAGAUCAAGCACAAUGAAGAAAAUAGGCUUUAUUGUCGUGUUGUGCAGCACCACGCACAACAUGGGAUAUACUCUGUGGUUGUGGAUGGGUCCUUCAACAAUGGUCACCGCGAGACAUUUGCGGUGAAUUUAAAUGCACGGACAUGUACUUGUGGAUAUUGGUCCUACAUCAACGCUUAUUCGGGCAUCCUAAUGCCGCUUCCAGAUGAGGCCAACUGGCCUACUCCAGGAUACGAGAUUUUCUUCUCCGCGGUUGUCUUGAAAUCUGAGCCGGAGAAGGACUUCUCCAUCUACUACUCCGUCAAGUCCUCCUGGAGCACUCUUCUCCUCCGCCUUAGUCCUCCGUCCAGUGCAGGUGGGGGUGUUAAGCCCACCUCUCAUGUUUUGAUUCUCUUUCCGAUACGUCUUUGUCCUUCAAUUUCCAGGUGACAAAAUACUGUUCGUGUUCUUUGUUGAUCCCAUCAAGUUUUUGUUCAAUUUCCUUGAUUGGGAAGGCUAACUUUUAGGAGAAGAAAAUUUUUUGCAAGCACACAAUUUUUACUUUGUAGAAAUAUAAGGUUGUUUUUAAG